CGCACUUUCACGAUGCUGUGUUUUCUUCAACAACGGCCAGUGUAGCAAGACGCAUGUGCUGAAAAUUGCAUCGAGUUUUCAUUGUUAAAACACCGCUGUAUCAAACCGCAACCGGCAUCAAAGGACUGCAUUUUGAAUUGCUUAACUUUGGAGCGCUAACGUAGUUAUGUGUUGCUUUCAUUUUACAACAAAUAAGGUCGUGUUUACAAAACUGUUGCUCUGAUUAUGCAAAACAAAUUCGGCACAGUUCGAAUAAUUCCAUUCGCAAAGAAAAUGAACCAUGCUCUCGUGUACACUCCACUUUAGAACACGGAAGUGACACUAGAGAUGUCAACGGUGAUAAACGUCACAACCAGAUGUAAACAAAACAAUCAACCGGCGUCGCGCGAUAAAAGGCACGCUCAUUUUUACUGGCUAUUUAGUGUAAUUUUUUCGUAUAUAAUUUGUGUGGAUCAAUAAAACAUCCAUCGAAGAACCGUUGCAUAAUGGCACAGACAGCCGUAGCGAAUCAAUCGACAUUGCUUCCUCUUGAGCUGGUGGAUAAAUGUAUCGGCUCGCGGAUACACAUUAUCAUGAAAAACGAUAAGGAGAUCGUUGGAACCUUGCUCGGAUUCGAUGACUUUGUCAACAUGCUGCUCGAGGACGUGACGGAGUACGAGAACACACCGGAAGGACGGCGGAUAACUAAGCUGGACCAGAUCUUGCUGAACGGUAACAACAUCACGAUGCUCGUACCCGGUUCCAGCGGUGACCUUCCAGAUGCAUCCUAAGCCAGUUAAAACUGUGCUGUGCGCGGAUGGAUUUUGUGAGAUGGGUGUGAAUUAAUAUAAUUACUAAAGAAAAAAAUAAGCGAACUAAAUGGAAAUGUAAAA